CAGGGCCACUUUAAUUCUCGGAGUGUGACAGAAGUGAGCUGUAGUGUGUGUCUCUUGCCUUGUAUGUGGAUCGCUCGCUUUCUCUUGGAAAAGAUACCAGUCAUGCAGGAUUUGACUUAAAAACAGAGAUACCUGGAGAAAUUUUUUUAUUUUUUAUUUUCUUGCACUAUGGAACGAUCACAAGUGAAAAUAUUGUGAUAAAAAAUUUUGUUUGUCUGGACAGUGUUGUGACUGAUGGUCAGUAGAUUUGUGUCCACUAUCGCCUAUCAUGGAUAUACUCACCUGGGGAGAGAUUAUUCACAGUUCUACCUGAGGCAGACAAAUCCGUCUGGAUUUUUGCAUGCGGAUUUUAAAUGUAGUUUCGUCGAGAGAUCACCAGAGUGAAAGCAUAAUAUCAGUGAUAUGUGGAUUUUAGUAGAGUAAAAAUAUAUUUUUAUAUUUUUAAAUUAUUAUUUUUGGAAUUUUCUUUUGGAAUUUUCUGUGAUAUUGUUUUUUAAAAGUUGAUUAAUUUUGGAUACCAAAGAUUAAUUCUUGGAAAGUUUUGGAUUUAAUUCCUGGUUUGGAUUACUAUGACGACAGAAUGGAAGUAUUUUGGAAUACCUCUGUUUUAAUUGUACUGGGAUCUUUGCUAAUUAUAGUGGCUGAUGGGUUGUCAUGGCUACGGAAACCCACGGAUGCGCAGGCUCCGAAAGGAGGCUCCGUCACAUUCCACUGUGAAGUCGACCAGUCUGACAAAACUGUGAUAUGGACGAACGGUUCGGGCUCGGUGUUGUUCUCGAACACGGACCGGUACAACGCGCCGGCGCGGUACAGCAUCGUGGGGCGGUACAACUUGAACAUAUCACACAUACAGGAGUCUGAUAAUGGGCAGUACGUGUGUAACGUGCAGGACUUCGCCACGGAGACCGCAAUACUCACUGUACUGUUGCCGCCUGGACCUCCUGUUAUCACUUGGAAUUUCACCGGGAGCAGCUUCACAGAGGGACAAGUGAUCGUGUUCGUCUGUGAAUCGAGAGGCGGGAAUCCAAACCCGACAAUUUCAUGGCUCAAAAACGGGCAGGAGAUUUUCGAUUCUGACUACACACCAUCGUCACGUGUGGGCGGGAUCUCUAGUGGGCGGAUAACGCGGGUGUUGAACCGGACCGACCACAAGGCCAACUACACGUGUGUCGUGUACAACACGAUCAACUCAAACAACAAGUUGACGGACAGCCGCAUCCUGUCAGUCAAGUACUCACCGUAUAUCACGUUCCGCGACUACAACCCCCUGUACGUGUUACUCGGUGUAAACGCAACGAUCACCUGUCAGGUGGACGCCAAUCCUGCAGUCAACGCAGUCACGUGGAAACGGGGAGGAAAAACACUUUUAGGUCGACAGUUAACGAGAUACUUCCGUCCAACAACAAAGUCUCAUUCUGGGCGUUACACCUGUGAAGCGUCAAACGGAAUUGGUGGACUGAAAAGGGCCAGUAUUGACGUGAACGUUGUUUAUGCUCCCAUCAUCACCGUACCGCUGAAAACAACGGCGCGCGAACUGGAGCCCGUGCAGGUGACAUGCAACAUCGACUCCAACCCGAAACCGUACCAGUUCCAGUGGGAGCGUGUGGACGGAAACCAGUCGUUCGUGCGACAGAACCGGAUCCUUGUCUUCAACCGGAUCAGCCGGUCUGACGCGGGAAACUACACGUGCAAGGCAUGGAGCCAGAUCAAGGUAUCGGGGGAGACGCCCAGGACUGUCGUCGCACAGAAGUUUGCACAGAUUUUGGUUCAAUACCAGCCCGGGAACGCCUUCAUCAAGCCGGUCGUUGACUAUAACAAGGGGGACCGCGUCGUUCUCAAGUGUGAGGCCAGCCCGCCAGGAUAUCCCAUCGCUGACUUCGAGUGGAAGAGAGGUAACUCUAUUUUGUCCGAGACGAGAGGGACGCUGACUAUUGCGAGCGCUCGUCUCUCUGACAACGGUGACUACACGUGUACGCCGGUCAACAUGGUGGGCCGCGGCGGCCAGAGUAGCAUUACACUCACCGUCAACGAGCCGCCGAGGAUGAUCGAGAACCCCCCUGCCGAGAUAACCCAGCCCCUGACCAACACCGAGACUCUCCGCCUCACGUGCAGGGUCAGAGGUCGCCCCACCCCAUCCGUCCAGUGGUUCAAGGACGAUGACACGGUCUCCGUGACGACGCUCUACCCCGAUUUCUACUCCGUUGAGCUGAUAGAUGAAACAACAGACCAGUAUUCAUCGCAGAUUAAAAGUAUUCUUGUCUUUAAAGGUCCGGGUCGCAAGCAGACGAGUAACGGGCUGACAGCUCUGAGAGUGGAGGAUAUCGGGAACUACUCGUGUGCCGUCCUGUCCCCAGCACACGCUGUAACCCUCCGGCCACGUACGCAGCUCAACCUGCAGUUCCGGCCGCGUGUUUCCACACGAGAAGACCGUGUGGCUGUCAACAUCAAUGAUGACGCGGUGUUGCCAUGCGUGGCGUUGGCGUUCCCCACCCCGACCUAUCAGUGGUAUCGCAACGGGCAGGAACUCAUCACAGGUCAAGGUCACUACUUGGUCCAGACUACCCAGCUUGGCCCAGCCGAGUUCCGCAGUGACCUCACGAUACUGAAGGUGAAGGACACAGACCUGGGAGAGUACAAGUGUUUUGCAACCAACUUCCUUGGCAACGUUUCACAGCCAAUCGGACUGACUGUUAAAACUGUUCCGGAAGCUCCAAGGAAUCUGCGAUACACAAGUCAGACGUGGGAUUCCGUGAUGCUGGCCUGGGAUAAAGGAUUCAGCGGGGGAUACCCGCAGACAUUCCAUAUUCGCUACAGCGUGGGCGAGAAAAUCAGAAACAUUUCAGUCAUUCCAAUAUCCGCGUCAAAAUUCAAUGUUACAAAUUUAACCCCCCACACGAGUUAUCUGUUCAUGGUGUACUCGAGGAAUCAGAAAGGCGACAGUGCUCUGUCUAAAGGAGUCAUGACAAGGACUGAUGAUUUACGGAUACCAGCGAUAGACACAAGACCUCGCUACAAUUCGGGGACGAAGAAACUCAUAGUUGAUCUCAAGGUGGACGCGUCAUACUGCCUGCGCGUGAUGAUAAAAACCAAGUCGUCGUCGUCAGGGUCAGACUCCCGGUGGGUGGUGUACCAGCCCUGUAUGGACCUGCAGGGACAGAACCUCUACCAGGUGCUGGAGUCGGGCGUCCUCGCCAUGAACGUGUCCGUCUGUCUGUCCUACCGACACGACGUCUGUAGCUCGCCUGUUCAAGUCACCAUCACGAACCCGAGCAGUCCCGGUCUGACAGAGCGUGACGUCAUCAUCAUCGCGUCAAUCUGUGCUGUCAUCAUCGUCACACUGCUCGUCGUCCUCGUGUGUUUCAUCUGUCGCAGACGGCGGCUCGCAGGUAAAGAUUAUCAGUCGGAAGCUGCCACUGCCCAGAGAACUCCGCCAGUGAAUGGAACUGCUCCACCUCCUCAAAAACAAUCUCAAACGUUCGAUAACGCAGGUAUGACGCGGGUCGAUGAAAUAGACUUGGAUGUGCCCGAUAGCGGGGGAGUUUUCACCACUAGUCAACUCACUAACAAUAAUUCUAGUAGCUAUGGCCCUCUGGAUCUCAAGCCACCGGGAUAUAACCGAGGCCGACAUUUGCAACCGAACGGACACGUGCCCCAUGAUACCUCGUACGAUUCACAACUAGAAAAACGGAUGUAUGAAAACGAAAUGAAUAGACGAAACGAAAACGUCAGUAAAAGUGAUAUGUACAGACCGGAGAGACAAGGAGAUCUUCAUUUCCACGGCCCACCUCGCAGCCCGACCAAAGACAAGUACAUAGACCUGGAGGAGAAGAGCGACCCUCGCCUUCAUGGUGGAGGUCACGACACGCCCGAACCAAACAAGCCCAAAAAGGUUAUAUACGAAGUUGUUGUCUGAUCCGCGUCGUGUUGUGCUGUGGAACGUUUUCUUCUCUCUGUGUUUCUCACAGUGUAGUCUACGCUUUCAAGCAACAAAACACAGAGUGUAGGCCAAGCAAAAUCAUCUUUUGUUGGUGAGACGGGGAAAAGUAUUUUCCGGAAGGCUAGGUCUGUUUUUAAACCAACCACAACAUAGGUGAAUCAAAAUCAAAUUUGUGGGCAAGAGUGAAAAAUAUUUUCCUGAAGUGUAGGCCAAGCAAAAUAAUUUUUGUUGGAGAGAUGGGGAAAAGUUUUUAAACCAACGUUAAGAGAAAAUGUAGGUGAAUCAAAAUCAAAUUUGUAGGCAAGACUGUGAAAAAUAUUUUCCUGAAGGCUAGGUCUGUUUUUCAAUCGACAUUGUGGGGAAAAAUGUAGACCAAUCAACACUAAUGUCUGUUGGUGAUGACAGUGACAAAUAUCUUCCUGCAGAUUACAUGUAGGUAUGUUUUCGAAACCAGCAUUACAUGGACAAAAUAUAGGCCAUUCAAAACUGUGUUUGUUGAUGAGACAGUGAAAAUGAUUUUCCUGAAUGCUACAAUGAAGUUCUGUUUUUCACCAAGAUUGGGAGCAAUUUGCAGGCCAAUCAAAACUGAAUUUGUUGGUGAAAAACUGACAAAAUAUAGGCCAAUCAAAACCAUAUUUGUUGACGGUGUCAGUGGAAAAGAUAUUUUCCUGAAGACUAGAUCUAUUCUCAAUCAACAUUAUAGACAAAAUGUAAUCCGUUAAAAAUUGUGAUUAUUGGUCUGACAUUGACAAAAAUCUACACCAGUCAAAAACCUGUUGUUGAGAUAGUGAAAACUAUCUUCUAGAAGGCUAGGUCCAUUAUUUUAAAUGUAGGUCAGUGAUGGGUCUGUUAAUGACACAGUGGAGAAUGCUUCCAAAGAUGAGAUGUAACCUCCAUUAACUUCUAAUCCUUAACCUCCAUUAUAUAGACAAAAUGUAGGUCAUUCAAAUGCUGUCGAUGAAAUGCAAAAACAAUAUUUCCUGAAUACUGGAUCCAGACAUUAUGCAUCUUGGUCAAAAGGAAAACUUGUUUAUGUCCAGCUCUUCAAGAAAAGUGCGAGAUGAAAUGCAGGUUCAGUCGAAAUAAGUCAAAGCCGUUACAAACUCUUGGGUGUUAUCUCCCAUUCGGUACUGUGGUAAAAUAAAUUUUCCGUAUAAAAACAAAUACGAUGUGCUGAUCACCCUAGCCAGUGCAUAGGACCCAUCCAUCAUUCGUGCUUCCAAUUACGAACCUUGAUGAAAGGUCAAGGUCGUAUCUGUGUUAUAAUUACGAACCUUGAUGAAAAGGUCAAGGUCGUAUGUGUUGAUGAUGAAUCUUGAUCAAAGGUCAAGGUCGUAUCUAUGUUAAUGAUGAAUCUUGAUCAAAGGUCAAGGUCGUAUCUGUGUUAACAAUGAACCUUGAUUAAAGGUCGCGGUCGUACCUGUGUUUUGUGGAUGUUGUUUCGUGUUGGUAUUCGUUGAAAAGGCGCAUGCCUCUUUGUCUAGUUUCUCUCUGUGGUGUAAUGUGGUUGAUGCACCGAGUUCUGCACCAUGAAAGAAAAAAACAACAACACUGCACUGUGAUUGGCCAGUAUUAUUCAUGUGACCGUAACCUUAAAACAGGCAGCAUAAAACAUAAUUGUUUGAGCUGUCUGAAAAGUAAAACAUAACUUUAUUAUGUAAUAAAAAAUAAAAAUUAAAAACAUUUUCAAAACAAGGAGAUGAAAUAUUUUUUUAUCAAGCAAUGACAUUGAUUAAUUUUUCAAAUGAUGAUAAUGUAAAAUGUCCAUUGAUUGGUGCUUUUGACUGGUUUAAUUACUAUAGUAACCAACCAGCUUGUUUGUGUUUUAAGCCACCGACUGUAUAAGAUGUUGUGUGUGUGGAUGGAGUGAGGAUGACAUGAGCAGUGUGUUAUUUAUUUAAUGUUUUCAAUGUAGAUUUGAACAGAAAUAUUUUUAUUGUCGUUUUCGAAAAUGGCUAUAUGACAUUACAGAUGUCAUUGCAAAGUUUCAUUUUGGCAGCUUCGAUCCUGCCAAAAUUACGUAUCAACUAAAAGGGGUGGAUUCAGGAAAAGGGUACAAGGACCAACACGUCGUAAGGACAUCCCCUCCUAAAACCUAAAACCUAAUUAAAAUAAAAAAAGAAGAAAGGAACAUUCAAAUAUAAACAUUAUGGUCUAAAGACCAUUUUUCUUACACACAGGUGUUUAAGCUAAUUUGUUAAUAAAUGUAGUUACACAUGUAUAAAACAAACAGGAUUUGUAACUUUGGCACUAUAUCUUCAACUACAUGUAAAUACAACUAAAUACCAACUAAAAUACAACUAAAUACCAACUAAAUUGGAACUACAUUGCAACUAAAUAACAACUAAAUUACAACUAAAUACAACUAAAUAACAACUACAUGUAAAUAACAACUACAUAACUAAUUACAACUAAAUACAACUAAAUAACAACUAAAUUGCAAUUAAAUUGCAACUAAAUACAAAUAAAUAACAACUAAAUUGCAACUAAAUAAAACUAAAUUACAAUUAAUUCCAACUUAAUACAACUAAAUACAACUAAAUAACAACUAAAUUGCAAUUAAAUUGCAACUAAAUAAAACUAAAUUACAAUUAAUUCCAACUUAAUACAACUAAAUACAACUAAAUAACAACUAAAUAACAACUAAAUUACAACUAAGUACAACUAAAUUACAACUACAUGUAAAUAACAACUACAUAACUAAUUACAACUAAAUUACAACUAAAUACAACUAAAUAACAACUAAAUUGCAAUUAAAUUGCAACUAAAUAAAACUAAAUUACAAUUAAUUCCAACUUAAUACAACUAAAUACAACUAAAAUACAACUAAAUUACAACUAAAUUACAACCAAAUACAACUAAAUGCAAGUAAGUUACAACUAAAUUACAACUAUUACAAUCCAACUGAAGUUUUCCCAAAACAUCUUUUUUAAAAACGUUUUUUUCAAUAAUAGAUUACUUGAAAUGAAAGGACCAGAAUUUGUAUUAAAAAUGUUUACAUUUAAAUUGAAAAGUGGUAUUCUUUUUGGUUUGGUGUUUUUCUACAAUGUCGGUUACACCUACAACACAAUGUAUGAGUGUGUCUGUGUGUCAUGUGCUAAACUGUUGAAAAGAGUUCAAAAGUAAUUCUGUCUCAAUGUUUUAUUUCUCCAUUAUGUCAGAUACAACUAUGAAUGUAUCCAUGUGUAAUGUGUGUCGUGUGAUACAGGGGCCGUACAAAUAUUACGUAAUGCCAUUUUGUUCAAAAUUAGACACCCUCCCUCCUGCCUGUAACAUUCCGUAAUACUAGACCAUGCACCCCCCCCCCUCCACCGAAAAUAUUACAUAACACUUGGAGACACUCCCUCCCAUUCACAAACAAGUCGUGUGAUGGGUGUAAUUUAAUUUUAGUAAUUCUGUUUUGUGAUUUAGAAAAGCGCAUAUAUGUAACACUUGGAGACACAUCCUCCCAUUCACAAACAAGUUGUGUGAUGGGUGUAAUUUAAUUUUAACUUACUGUUUUCUGAUUUUGAAAAGCACAGAUACGCAUUUCAAUUCAACGUAAAGUCGUUAUUGUUUGUAUAGUCUAGCUACAACUACCUACGUUAAACAUUGUCGGUGAGACAGAGCGUUUACGAAAGAAAAAAAGAUUUUAUUAAUAAAAAAUAAAUAAGUGGGUUAUACAUCUCUGUUCGGUACACCCACCCCCAGUAAGGCUACAUAACGGUUGGACUUAAACCUACCCAUUCCAUCAAGUGUUACGUAAUAUAUGAACAGCCCCAAACUGUCGAAAAUAAUUCAAAAGUAAAUCUGUCUCGGUGUUUUGUUUGUUUGCCAAGUCUUAGCUGAAUACAAACAAACGUGCAUCAAUAGGAAGAAAAAUGUGCCCUGCAAUUAUAAUUUUUUAAGAGCAGACUAAAACAAACAUGGCCUGUUAAGAAGAACUAUGACCUGUAGAAAAUAAGUGAGGUGAAUGGAGAAUUUGGGACAAUGUGUGGAAAAUUACGACCUCUGAGAUCUGUUUUGGAGCAUCAUGGAAUUAAAAGACAACAAAAUCACAUAAUAUAUAUAUAUUCUCAUUUACCAACCUGUAUUACACCAAGACUGGGCAAAUAAAUAUUGUAUUACAUGUUAAGCUUAAGAAGCUGUGUAUAGUAAGUGUACAUGUAUAUGCAGUGUAUAUAUGAUUUUUAUGAUACCAGUAUGUAGCACAUGUAUAUACUGAAUGACAGUAAAUGUGAGGUGUAUGUUACGUAUACUGAUCUCACUGUGGUAACAGUAAACGUGAGGUGUAUGCUACAUAUACUGAUCUCACUGUAAUAUAACAGUAAACGUGAGGUGUAUGCUACAUAUACUGAUCUCACUGUAAUAUAACAGUAAACGUGAGGUGUAUGCUACAUAUACUGAUCUCCCUGUAAUAUAACAGUAAAUGUGAGGUGUAUGUUACAUAUACUGAUCUCACUGUCAGGGUAUUUAAGUAUAGUAUGAAGCUUCAAAUGUCAGUUGUCUAUGGGGGACACUCAGAACAAUGUACAAGAUUGCUGUCAAAGAUGUACCUAAAAACAAAGAAGGGGAAAAAAAGACAGAAGAAUUAAUUUACAAAGCUUGGUUUUGUCUCACACUUACAUUUACACUUAGAAAAUUAUUUUACUUAAAGGGACAUACUCUAGUUUUUAAAAACUAAGGCAUAUUUUUUUUACUAUUAGAGCCAUUUUUGAUAACUGAAGUCAUACUCUACUUAGAUUUUAUUGUUUAGAUUAUCCAUUUCCACACAUUCGAAGCGUUUUUGUAUGAACUCUGUUUUGAUUGGUUUUGCUCCAUUUCAGUUGUGUAGUGAAAGGGAGGUAACUGAUACAGAAUAUUUAAGUUUUAAUACAAAUCACUGUACGAAAGCCAUAUUGAUUAGUUUUGCUCCAUUUCAGUUGUCUAGUGAAAGGGAGGUAACUGAUACAGAAAUAUUUCAGUUUUAAUACAAAUCACUGCCCAGUUGUAUUUAACAUAUAGUGACAGUUUAGGCAAAUAAAGGGAGAUGGAAAUAUUAAUAGGCAAGGGUGGACCCAGGAUGUAUUUUAGGGUGGGAUGACCGAGGGCAAAAGGGCACAUUGACCAACCACCUAAAAGAUCACUUCAAUGAAAAUAAAGUGUUGAAAAAAGGGAACAGUUUAAUUUUUUAGUGGGGGUAAUGUAUGUAUGUGUGUGUGUGGAGGGGGGGGGGGGGGUAGUUGGGGGAAGAGGUCCCCCCCAUGUCCCAUCUCUUGAAUCCACUCUUGGUAGGUUAUGUAGAUAUUUUUAGAACAAGCUUCACAGAUCAGCUCAUAAAACCGUCCUGACAUUUACUUGUCGAUAUAAGCAAUACUUUCAAAUUUUACUCUCUCUCUUUUUUUUUAUAAUAAUAAUAAUAUUGAAAUUUAUAAACUAACCGUAUCUGUUUUCUCAAAAUGUUCUGUUUUCACUAUUUAUGUUUUCAUGCAGCAAGACACAAACAAUAAGGACACAACAUAUUUAUUAAAACAGAUUUUAGAUCAUACAGAUUUUAAUAAUUCUCUUUAAAACAUAUAUUUUUUGCAUAGAUUUUACAACAUAGAUUUUACAACAUAGAUUUUAAAAAUAGAUUUUAGAACAUGAAUAUUUUAAAAUAGAUUUUAAAACAUGAAUAUUUUAAAAUAAAAUUUAAAACAUAUAGAUUUGGAUAUUAAUUUGAGGGUUAUUUAGGGUUUUUAAAUAGAAUGUAAAACAUAUAAAUUUGGGUAUUAAUUUGAGGGUUAUUUAGGGUUUUUGAUUUUAUGUUUGUUUACUGUAUUAUUUCUAGCAAGUCGAGAAUUUUAAUGGUAUUUAAAAAAAAAAUUGUUUCAGUGUUUGCCUUAAUGAAUUUGUAUUCCUAUGCAUAUCAUGCCAAUUUAUACUGCAUUUAAUUAAAGCUUCAAUUAAUGUCAUUUAGCUUUAUCAGUAUUUUUGAAAUGUUUUAAAUUUUAAUUACCGUUUUAUAUGCCAUUUUAAAAAAAAUUAUUGUUAUCAUUUGUCAUGUUGUAUUACCAUUGGUGAUGUUGUAUUACCAUUGGUCAUGUGCUAUAACUUUAGUCCUGUCAUGUUGCCACAGGUUACAUUAACUGUGUAACACCUGGUCAUAUUCUGUAAUCAUUGGUCAAGUUCUACAGCAGUUAUCAUUACCAUAUGAUUCCACUGGUCAUAUCAUAUUGCCAGUGGUCAUAUCAUAUUACAAUUGGUCAUAUCAUAUUGCCAUUGGUCAUAUCAUAUUGCCAUUGGUCAUAUAUUGCCACUGGUCGUAUCAUAUUGCCACUGGUCGUAUCAUAUUGCCAUUGGUAAUAUCAUAUUACCAUUGGUCAUAUUAUAUUACAAUUGGUCAUAUCAUAUUACCAUUGGUCAUAUCAUAUUGCCAUUGGUCAUAUCACAUUGUCAUUGGUCAAAUUAUGUUGCCACUGAUCAUGUUUCAGUAACCUUGCAGUUACUCCAAGACUGUAAUACAAUAUUGUAAAACAUUUUACAGCCAGUUUUUACUUGAUGCACAAAGUUUGUAGUCCAGCCAGCCAAAACCGGUAACUGGAGUAGGCCUAAUUAAUGGACUAAUAAAAAAAAUGGUUUGUGACCAAAUUUUGUGGCUUAAAACAAUUUUGUAAUUUAAAAUUAAAAACAACAAACUCCACCCCCCCCCCCCCCCCCCCCCCCCCCCCCCCAUGUCUGUAGACUGCUGACAUGUGACAGGUCUGAGAAGAAUAGGUGACGUGCUUUUAAGUCUUGUAGCAAGUACCUUCAUCAUCAGGGCUAAUAUCAUUAGCUGUAUGUUUCUGUUACUUCAUUGUUAAAUAUUUUGUUACAGACCUAGCAACAGAGUUGCAUUAUGUUUGUACAGCCAUUGUACAUAAAAUCAUGAAUCAGCCAUAUGUUUCAUACCAAAAUAAAAACAAUCUAUACACA